CACUCCUUGCCAUCCAUGUGGCACCGUAGUGUUGUUGUUAUUAAUCAGCAAAGCAACAAAAGUAGAAUUUGGAAAGAUGUCCGAGCUAAAUAUGGAGCUAAAGAAACUCAGGGAACUGGAACUAAAGACGAAAUGUCUUGCAACCAGAAUACAAACUACCAAAAAUUGCAAUGGUGAGCUGGACGUCGAUCUGCUUCAGCUUCAAAUUGAGAACAAGAAGCUUAAGAACCGUUUGUUUAUUCUGAAGAAGUCCAUAGCUGAAGAAUCAACUGCCGGCGGCGUGCAGCCCAAGGAAAGUUCUUCAAUCACUGAGCAUUUGGAAAGCCUGUUUGCCCAAGCGAUUGCAUCAGCUUUUCCGGAAUAUCGAGAUACGCCCGUCGUAAUUGCACCGGUUAACAGUUCGUCUGCCAAAUUCGGCGACUAUCAGUGCAACAAUGCAAUGGGAUUGUCGAAGAAAUUUAAAGAAUCCGGCAUUAGCAAGGCGCCGCGUGAAAUUGCAACCGAGCUGAAAGGACACUGCCCACCAUCGCCAAUUAUAGAAAAGCUAGAGGUAGCUGGGGCUGGUUUUGUGAACGUUUUUCUGAGCAAAGACUUUGCAGCUCUAGCGUUGAGCAAUUUAUUGCGCGACGGUGUUAAGCCCCCACAAGUGCCGAAAAAACGUGUCUUGGUUGAUUUUUCCUCGCCCAACAUUGCCAAACAAAUGCAUGUGGGUCACUUACGAUCGACCAUUAUUGGCGAAUCGGUGUGUCGCUUGCUAGAGUUCCUCCAGCACGACGUGAUCCGUAUCAACCAUCUUGGGGAUUGGGGAACACAGUUUGGCAUGCUGAUUGCUCAUUUAGAAGAUCGUUUUCCCAAUUAUCUGAACGAAAGCCCGCCUAUUAGCGAUUUGCAAUUGUUCUACAAGGAAUCAAAGAAGCGAUUCGAUGAGGACGAAGAGUUCAAAAAGCGAGCCUACAGUCGCGUGGUUUCGUUGCAAAAGGGCGUGCCAAACUCGAUUAAAGCCUGGGAACUCAUUUGCAAUGUUUCACGCAAGGAAUUCCAGACUAUCUACGAGAGAUUGGACAUUAGCAUUCAGGAGCGUGGUGAAUCGUUCUACCAAUCCCGCAUGCUGUCUGUGGUUGAAUACCUGCGAGGCAAGGGUUUGCUGGAAAAGGAUGAAGGUCGUGAGAUCAUGUGGCCAGACGACACAAAAACCGGCAUUCCCUUGACCAUCGUGAAAUCGGAUGGCGGCUUUACCUAUGACACCUCCGACAUGGCGGCCAUCCGUCACCGCGUCGAGGAGGAACUCUGCGAUUGGAUGAUCUAUGUGGUUGACUCUGGACAAAGUACUCAUUUUCAGACAAUCUUCAAAGCUGCCGAACGCUCUGCCAUAUUGAAUCCACGCACCCAUCGUGUGGAUCAUGUCCAGUUUGGCGUUGUCCUGGGCGAAGAUGGAAAGAAAUUCAAAACUCGAUCGGGUGAUACUGUUAAGCUUGCCGAUUUGCUGGACGAAGGAAUGAAACGCUCAUUGCAGCAAUUGGAAAGCCGAGGACGCGACAAAGUACUCACACCUCAAGAGUUGACCGACGCUCAGGAGUCCUUGGCUUAUGGAUGCAUAAAGUAUUCCGAUCUGUGUCACAACCGAAUUAGCGACUACAUAUUUUCGUUUGACAAGAUGCUUGAGGAUCGUGGCAAUACCGCUGUUUACUUACUUUAUACGUACACACGCAUUUGUUCUAUUGCGCGAAACUCCGGCGAAGACUUUUCCAAUUUGGCUGAAAUACUCAAGAAGGUCAAGAUCGAACUGGCCCACGAAAAGGAGUGGAAACUAGCAAAGACUCUUCUGAAACUACACGACAUACUGAUUAAGUGCACAAAGGAACUUUUUCUGCAUUUCUUGUGUGAAUUCUGCUAUGAGGUGUGCACGGUUUUUACUGAGUUCUAUGACUCUUGUUAUUGCAUUGAAAAGAACAAACUUGGCGAAAUUAUUGAGGUGAACCACAGCCGUAUUCUACUUUGCGAAGCAACUGCAGCUGUGCUACGUCAAUGCUUUUAUAUACUGGGCCUGAAACCAGUUUCAAAAAUGUAAACUUUCGAUUUCUGACAUAAAAUGGACACGAAUAAAAAUUUGAAUUUUUGAAGCAAAA